UAUAGUAUAUAAUAAAUAUAGUACCUUUAUAUAAUAAUAUAUUAAGUAUAGGGGAGUGAAACGACAUUCAAAGUCGGUUAUAUUAAUGCAUCUUUGCUACUGCAUGCAUGUGGUCAGUCACAUUACGAUGUCUAUAUUUCUACUCACAUAAAAUCAUGCUUUACUUGGUUGCUCUGUUUGACUUAAAAAUCAUCAUGAUUAGUUCGCAAAAUAAAAAGUCACUAAUAUCAACAAAACAUGCGUUUAUUACACACAGAGUGAUCUAUUUCGACCAGUUAUUUAUGUGCAUUUCGAUGAUUACAGUAUGGAAUACCAAAAAGAUAAUCUUUUUGGAAUAUUAUCUAAGACCAAUAAAAAAAUUAUAUCUGGGAUUUUUACUACAGCACAGCAUAUGCACACAAUACUGGUUUGUGUCUCCUUUUGCAAUAAUAACUGCACGAGUGCAGCGUGGCCUGGAGGCCAUCAGCUUGUGAAGUUUUUUUUUUUCUUAAGAAUGCAGCUUUCCUUGUUGUUUGUUCAUUGUCCGCCACAUUUUUUCUUUCCACCCAGCUUUCCAAUAUUAUGCUUGGAUACAGCUCUCUGUGAAUAGCCAGCCUCUUCAGCAAUGGCCUGUGGCUUACCAUCCUUUCUGAGGUUUUCAAUGGCGGGUUGCUGGACAUCUGUCAAGUCAGCAGUCUUCUAUGUGAUUAUGUUACUCUCAAAGCUUAACAUUUCUUUAUUAGGAAUUAUUUUCUAUUGGUCCUAUGUACAUUUUCUGAGAAAUUGAAUUUGGGGUUUCAACUCAUUGAACUCAACUGAAACAAAUGUUUGAAAUAUAUCACUCUAAAUAAUGAAUCUAUAGCCCCUGUUCCAUUGCCACUCAAAAGCCUAGGGCUUUGUAAAUCACAGCUAGUGUUUCCACACACAUUAACCUGACUAAUUUCACUUGAGUGCCGGCAUGAGCGGACCGGAGUGGUACUUCAGUUUUUUAUCUCUUGGGCCGAUACGUCAUUCGGCUGUUUUACAUAAAUGGCCCCAAAUUAUUGGAAACAGGCAAACCCAAAAGCCCCAGGCUUUUGUUUACCAGGGUAAUGCAAAGCCCGGGGCUUUCAAUGGAAAAGGGGCUUGUGUAAUUUUGCUUUAUUGUAUCACUGAAAUAAAAUACUUGUUCCAUAAUGUUCAAAUUUUUGAGAUAUGCAUGUAUGUCUUAAAUGUAUUCAGUUUAUUCUCAAGCUGAUUAAUUCCUCUGUAUCAAAUUUGUAGGAGACCAGAAGUUGUCUUGGCCAGCUCCAUACGUCUGAUCACCCUACCAGCUCUUGGCACUGGAACCUCUGCUACAUCUUCAGGAAUUUUUUCCAAUCCCUCGAGGUCUCUCUCCACGCACCUGGACAAUGCAAGCUCCCCAGCACCCCGCCUGUUGUUCUGCAGGUCCUCUGCUAACGCCUGAGAGCAAGCAUCCCAGGAGCCACGCUGCACAGCCUCUGCCUCAUUUCUGAAUCGUGUUUUCUCCUCUUUGGAGAUGAACUACAGUGUGGAAUAUGUAGUAAGUGAAAAUGACUCUGAUGAGAAGACGGGUAGUUCCUGUGAAACCUCUGACAGUUCAGAUUCUGAGGAAACUGCUCUGCCUCCCCCUAUUCAAAAUGGAGUAACCUGCAUUAAGUGUGGUCGGGGACCUUUCAGGUCAGUGAGUCGCCAUUUGCUGUACUGCCAUGGGGUGAAGGAAAAGUUUCAGUGUGUGUUGUGCAAGCACUACUUCUUUUCAGAGGAGAGUCUGCAGAAACACCACAUGCCUCUGUAUUUGUGCCACAGCUGCGGUCAAGUCCUCCGCACCAAGGCCCUAUUCAGCCGCCACCCGUGUCCCAGGGGAGCCAAGUCCACUUUGGUGCUCUUCUGCUCCGAGUCGUUGCCGAAAGCAUGCAGCGUAUGCAAGUCCUUCUUCCCCUCUGAAAAAGCUUUGUCACUCCAUGUCAUCAACUCUCACUCAUCUGUAAUCAGGACCAAACAGAUUAUUGUUGCUGGUUCAUCAUUGGUGACACAAGCCACGGAUGUCCAAAACCAGGUUGUUAACAGUAAUCUCUGUAUUGGCCAAGCUCACGUGUUUCCCACCAGCCCAACUCCAGACACCGGGGUCUCCGAGCUAGACGCUUCGUCGACACUCUCCAUUCUAGCUCUGUUUGAGAACGAGAGCCGACAGUGGGCUCUGAUGAAGCGCAUGAACACGGGGUGGCGCUCCAAGACCCCCUGUCCAUGCAGGCAGUGUGGCGCCGUCUUCAGGCAACCCUCCUUCGUCAUCAGCCACCGCUACCUCCACCGAGGCCAGCGCUCGCACAUCUGCCAGUGUGGCCGAGCGUUCAGGCACCAGCUGCACCUGCUGCGACACUGCGUUCAGCACGCCGAGGCUUUGAGCUACAUCUGCGUCAGCUGUGGCGACUCUUUCUCUGGAGCACAACGUUUAGCUCGACAUCUGACGGACAAGCCGUGGCAAAUAUCCCGAUUUGGACAGAAGGUAAAAGAAAGUGAGAAUAGGAGGUGCAGGAUGCCCUUCAUGUGUGUCUGUGGACAGGUGUUUUUAAGGCCUUCGGCCUACAUAUGGCACCAACUUAAAAACAGAACUAAAAGAAAGAACUUUUGAAGACCGCCCCAUGGACUCCAUGUUUUGGUUUCAUCAGAUAACCAUCAUGAAAAACCAAAAUAUAGCACUUUUUGAUUUUCAAUUCAAAAUAUUACUUUAAAAAACACAACAGUUGUUCUUUUUGUUGUAAGAAAAUUAAAAUUUGGUUAAUUGUUUUUAAACUAAAGUAAGAAUUUUGAAGCAACAACAACCAUGGACCUGGGGCCCGUUCUUCGUACAUCACUAACUCAGUUAGCUGGAUUUGAUUGUUGACGAUUUGGCAUGAUCUUGGAUCAU